AUGAGUGAGCGUAAAUAUAAUAAUGAAAGUCCUACAACAAAAAAUAUAUAUUAGCAGCCUAACUCUUCAAAAAUUAACUUUAUUGACAGAAAUGAAAGCAUCUUAGAUUCUUUUUAGGAGGCAUUUAACCAUGUGAGAAUAGCAGACUAAAGAUACUAGUCUUAAGAGGAGUAUUACGACAUUCCUAUGCGAAGAGGUGAAUCUGUAGAUUUGGAACAAAUAAAUGAAAAUAGCCAAGCUUAAAGCUACAGUCACAGCUAAAAUGUUACUUCAAAUAAAAUUUAAGAUACUACAAGUAAAAAGUAAGCAACUGUAACGAGUAGCAAAACGAGUAGCUGGAGCAAAUAAUCCUCAUAAGUAAACAGUCAUGUAGAAGAUCUAAAUUAAGAUAAAAUGUUAAUAAAUGUCAAAGACACCAUCUUUCAAUGA